AUGAAGCUUAGCUCAGCGAGUGUGAAGGUGGCAGCUCUGCUGCUGCUCGGCGUAAUCGUCGUUGCUUCGGGCAAAUCGGUCGACAAGAUCCGUCGCCCUUUCCCGGGAAUUGAGCGGAUCGUUGCCCGCCGGCAGGGCAUGGUACCGCCGAAGGGCUACGUCUCACAGAGCCCGCGAACGGUCGAGGGACGCUUCACGUCGCGUGUGAACCACUUUGACCCACAGAACCGGGAUACGUUCGAGUUCAACUAUCUGCACAAUGAUCAGUACUACCGUGAGGGUGGCCCGCUGUUCAUCGUCCUCGGCGGGCACUAUCCGAUCAAUCCGUACUUCAUGGAGAACAGCCACUUCCGCGAUGUGGCCGCUCUGCAGGGUGCCUGGUUGGCCACGAACGAGCACCGCUACUUCGGUGACAGCAACCCCGUCCCAGACUACUCGACCGAAAACUUGCGAUUCAUGCGCACGGAACAGGUCCUGUUCGAUCUGAUCGAGUGGAUCGAUUUCUUGCGGCGCGAAGUUGUCGGUGACCCGAACGCACGCGUCAUUCUGCACGGUAUCGGCUAUGCUGGAUCGCUUGCCACCUGGGCCCGUCAGCGCUUCCCGAACAUCAUCGACGGUGCCUGGGGAUCCAGCGCUCCGGUGCGUGCAACCGCCAACUUCGAAGAGUUCGCCGAGGAGGUCGGCAUCAUCAUCCGCAACAGGGCUGGCGUACAGUGCUACAACCGCAUCUUCCAGGCGUUCCACACCGCGCAGAAUCUGAUCGAUGCCGGUGUUACCGGAAUGGUCUCGGAGAUGUUCAACACCUGCGACCCGGUUGACACUAGCGAUCCGCUCGAGGUAGAACUGUUCUUCUACGCCAUGAUGCUCUCGCUCGAGGCGGCCAUGGUUGAGGAUGUGGACGUUGAAAAUAUCAACCGCGUGUGUGACGCAAUCACCGACGAUCAGUUCGACACCGGGAUGGAGGCUCUGGCCGCGUUCCUGGUCGAACGCUACUCCGAGGCACGCGAAUGCUUCGAUCUGUCGUUCGAAAACUUCGUCCAGUAUCUCACCGAUCCGGCCAUCGAUGCACCGGCCAACGUUGAAUUUGGACUGCGCCAGGCCACGUACCAGGACUGUACCGAGUUCGGUUACUUCGAAACUACUUCCUCGCCGAAUCAACCGUUCGGCAACCGGGUGACGUACGAUCUGUUCCUCGCCGAAUGUCAGGCCGCGUACGGUGAAUUCCUCACGCAGGAGGUCGUGUACGAAGGCAUCCGCCUGACCAACUUCCACUUCGGUUCGACCGAUCCGCGCACCACGAACGUGCUCUUCACGUCCGGCGAGAUUGAUCCGCUCCGUGCCGUGUCCAUCACCGAGUACACGAACCUGCUGUCAAACGCGCGCGUCACGCCGGGAGCAUUCAUCGCCCAGGACAUCAUGUCGAUCAGUGGCAUGGAUUCGGAGGAGCUGCUCGAGACCAAGCACAUGGCCGAACAGUACAUCACCACCUGGCUCGGAUCGCCGAUCAGCCCGUUCCGGAAGUAG